AUGGAGGCGAAGUUGAAAGAAUAUCGCGCUCUUCGACGACGUAAAGAACUAAUUGAGAAUGCUAAGGCUAAAUUAGAGAAGUCUAAGAAGAAAAUUGUAGACUUUUUUGUCCCAAAUUUUUUUACUGAAAUGGACAAAGAAAAGAAAGAAGAUGAACUUGUUUUGAUUGAAAAUGAAGAAGUACCUACCACCAGCAGACCACUUAUUCAACCUGAAGAAAAUGGUGAUGUAACUUCAGAAGCUAGUGAGUUGGAAUCAUUUGAAGAAGCAGCACAAGAAUCAUGGAGAUAUUUCAUCAUAAAAUGGACAAUUUACUUUAUUAUCUGGCUUACCUUAUACAUAUUGUUUCUAAAGCUACAAUUUGGUGCUGUAUAUUUUGUAAUAUCAGUGUUAGUUGGCAUUUAUUUAAAUACUAGAACAAGACCUAAGAAGAAAGGGGAAGUUUCUGCAUAUAGUGUAUUUAAUGAGAACUGUGUCAGCAUAGACGGCACUCUCAAAGCAGAACAGUUUGAAAGAGAGAUUCUAUAUGGUGCUGGCAGUAUAAGAUAA